GGUCACACUCAUAGCUAUAGUAAACAAAAAUUCAUUUUGCGGCGCUAAAAUAAUAAAGUUUAUAAUCAUUCAUUUACCAUGGCGUGGUCCUAAUUCUCUAACCAAGAACCACCCCAGCUGACGGGAUUUGGAGUAAUUAAACUGGAUAAAACGGGCUCAAGGAGCCGGAGAACUGCAUGCGGAGAAAGAAAAAGUUGCGUUCCAUUGAUUUUUCGCUGUGACGCCAAAAGUUGCUACUCAAAAAAAAGUUGAAUUGGUGCGGUAACAACUUCUGGAAUUUGUUGCAAAAUGAGUGGCGACGAAAGCAGCGAGGAGAAGCACAUCCUAAAUCUAAGCAAGCAAAAGCUGAAGAAGGUGCCCAAGCAGGAUGAUGCCCACAACAUACGCCAGCUCAUCCUGGAUGAGAACGAACUGCAGAAGAUAGACAACAUAGACUCGUACCUUAAGAUAGAAACGCUCUCCCUGGCCCGUAAUCAAUUACUGCGCAUGUAUGGCGUUUGCCGGCUGCACUGCCUCCGUGAACUGAACCUCUCCUUCAAUGGCAUCCUAUCGAUUGAGGGCCUCAAAGAGUGCAUUCACCUGCGCCUGCUGAACCUGGAGGGGAAUAACAUCAAGACCAUUGAGCACCUCAACACCAACGUCAAUUUGGAAUGUCUAAAUCUGGCGGAUAACAGCAUUGGCAGCAUUUCGGAUGUGUCCUAUUUGCGGAAUCUCAAGGAGCUGUAUUUGCAUGGAAAUCGCCUGACGCACUUGAGGCAAUGCGAUAAAUAUUUGCCCACCUCCCUGGAGACCCUGACGCUGGCCAGGAAUGGGAUAACCGAUCUGAACGAGAUAUGCACGCUGUCGCAUCUAAGCAAUCUGCUGAGCAUCUCGAUAUCGGACAAUCCCUGUGUCCACAUGACCAAUAGCAUGGAGGGCUUUGACUACCGACCCUUUGUGCUGAACUGGUGCAUGAACCUCAAGUACAUCGAUGGCUAUGUGGUGGCCCCCAUCGAGGGCCUCAAGGCCGAGUGGCUGUAUAGCCAGGGUCGUGGUCGCCAGUUUCGUGUGGGCGAGCAAAUAAGCCUGGCCAAAUACCUGAGCUCCAAUUGUCCCCUGGUGGGCGAGGCCUUGGAGAAUGAAAACGAUCGUAAGCUGCGCUUGAUCCUGAGCAAGGCUCAGCACCAUCAACGGCAGCUUCAAGAGGAGAUUAUGGAUAAUGCCAAUAGCUCGGCCAGUACCUCACCCUCAUCCCAUCGCAAAAAGCCCACGAGUAGGAUUCAGUCGCCAAGAUUUUCCCGUUUGAGUGGCCGCCAGGGUUCACCUGAAUCCAUGGCUAACAGCUAUCAUGGCAACAGCAGCUGCAACAACAGCCUUGUCAGCGACAAUGGCUCCGGGAAUAACUCUCUGCAAAUGAGCAUUUCGCUUAUAGAAAAUAUUAAAAAUGAAGGCGAUGGCUACUCGCUGGCAGGCAGCGGUAUGUCCAGCAGUGUGACCACCAAGACCUACAACUCCACGGAGUCUACACCUAGGAAUAUCACCCCAAAUCCCUAUAAUGAUCAAACCUUCACUAGCCAAACCCCCUCGGGAGGUCCUUUGGCGGCUGCCUCGAAAAUGGUGCCCGUGCCGGAGACCCUUAUGAGUCCCGAUGUCUGUCCCGCCGCCGUUGCCCAAAGGAUGACUGUGGUGGGGGCUAUGAACUCCCAGCAGCUGCUGCACAAAACCAAAGUCAAUAAAAACAAAGACAACAAACUAAACUUGCCGAGGGUCCAGAGUCCUCAGCUAAAAAGGAACCAAAGUCCCGCCAGUAGUCCCCGAAAGUUGGCUGGUAAAUCUAGCCAAGAGAAGCUACAGACAUCCACCAUAAUGAUAGAUGCUGGUGGUUUUAGCACCGAUGACGAUGGCGGGGAACAGAUUAACACCGAGAAGUUAAAGGCCAUACGGAAGAUGGCAGCCCAAAAGCAACAGCAGCAACAACAGCAGCAGCAGCAGCAGCAGAUGAUGAUAUAUCAGGAGAAGAUCAAUGGAGGUGGCAGCCAGAACUGUGCGGAACGCUUGAGCGAGCAUGUGACCGAGUCCUCGGCUGUGACCAUCCAAAAGAUGUGGCGUGGCUAUCAUACGCGCAAGAAGACCAACAAGGAUAUAGCCGAGAGACUGCAGCGAAGACGCACGCAGGAGUACAUACAACAACUCAGCGAGGACAUGCGCCUGACCAAGGCCCAUCUGGUUAAGGAGCGUGAGAUUCAGCAGCUGCAGAUGCAGGCCAUCAGUGCGCUGUGGAAAAAGGUGUCCACCAUGGAGGUGGUGGCAAAAGGUAUACCCGAGCAGCAGCAGCAGGGCGAACAGGAUGCCACUGGCUCCUCUGGCCAAAUGAGUCUUGAUCCAAACUCCGCCUCGGUGGUCAAUGAUCUGGCCAAGCGUUGCACCAUGCUCACCGACCAAGUGCAGAUAUUGCAAAACUCCAUUGGCACCAUUGUCAACUGCCUGACCAUGGUGUGCAAUCUGCCCCAGGAUGCGAUCAAAAAGCAGGCCGAGAUCAUUGAUUGCAGCUCCACGCAAACGGAUUUGAUAGCCGUGCACACUCCUCAGAUAGAGGAUCUCAGCAACUUUCCCUUCACCAAGCCCAGACCCUCUACCUUGGCCCUGGAGUCCAAGCAUGAAGCGAUGAGCUCGAAAAUCGAGGAACUCAACGAGAUUGAAGUGAAAAAGAACGACGAUAACGAUGCCUAAAGAGAAGAGAAAAUUUAAGAAGAAUUAAGAAACGAUUAAACGCUUUAAGGAUCCGAUCUCGUCGGCGCUAAUUAAUUACUUCAUGUGUAGGCUUUUUGUGUAGCUUUUGCAAACAUUUUUAGAGCUCAGUUGUGUUGCACACACACUCACUCAGUAGCAGCAUCAAGCAGACACCAAAAAGAUCAAUUUUUGUUAAAUGUAUGAGAAAUGAGAAAUGAGAAGAGUGUAGUAAAGGCGAGGAAGGCGACGGAGAGAUGCAGCAAAAAAAAGAACUUAUGAAACAAAAUAUAAAUACAAAAUUA